AUGAGACUCGCGCUGGCCCUCGCCCUGCUCCUGCUGGCCUCGGCGCACGGGCUGYCCGAGGAGAUGGGCGCCAGCGACGACCUCAGCUACUGGCCCGCCUGGCCCGAGGGCGAGCGCGGCAAGGACGAGCUGCCGCUGCCCUUCGAGCACCUGCUGCAGAGGAUGGCCCGCAGACCCCGGCCCCAGCAGUUCUUCGGCCUCAUGGGCAAGCGCGAUGCUGGAUAUGGCCAGAUCUCCCACAAAAGGCAUAAAACAGACUCCUUUGUUGGACUUAUGGGCAAAAGAUCUUUAAAUUCUGGAUCCUCCGAGAGGAGCCUAGCACAGAGUUACGAGCGGAGGCGUAAAUGAGACAUUCCCGUGCGUUAUUUAUUAAACUUCAUUUGUUCCAAUGGCCCAUGCGGUGCAACGUAAACUAACCACUGUAUGGAGUAAUUAUUUAUUUAAUAAUAAUUGAUGGGGGGUUGAGUUGUACAUUCAAUAAAAUGAUUAUUUUUCAUAUUGUGGCAGCGAUACACGUUGUCUAAGUGUGCUGUGGUUCUCAAAGGAAGGCUCCCCUGGAGCAGCAAGCCUGGUGAUGUCUCACAACAAAGCACAUUGUUUGAUAUGCCCUGUAAAGUUACGUUCGUUAAACAGAACCCAGAUUCUUUUGUUCAUGGAAAGCGAUUCUCUCAGCUUCACAACAAGUGCAGAACAGAACUGAUGUACAGUCUAGUGCCUCAAUUUGUUUUCAUGGUUUAUAAUGUACUGUAAUUUCCAUAUCAAAAAAUAUAUUUGUAUCAUUGCA